GUUUGUGAUUUUGAGAAAUAGGAACUGUCUAUAGGAAUGCUCAUCCAGAAUGUGCGAAGGAUGGACUGUGCUGGUUAAGGGAAUGAGGCCCCCCAGUCCACACCUGGAAUCUCAAAUUGCAAAGGAACAGAAAUCAGUGGAGACCCAAAUGCUAAUACUAUACUGAACCAAACAGAAGCUCUUCACCAAUUGAUAAAACUAUUGUGUUACAGAAUUAUGUAGAGGCUCUGGGUCAUCAGUAUGUACACCAAUUCCUCUACAUGGCACCAAAAGGAGAGAACUUGAGAAGAAAUGUGGACAGCGCAUUUCUAGGAUAGCCAGGCUCUAUCAUAUACCUUUCUUACCUCUAAUUUGGUCUCCUGAGGCUGAAGUCUGAAGCAGCUAAAGAUAAACACUCCACCUGAUCCAGAAAGCAAAGCAAAGUUGGAGGGGGAAGAAACAUGGAAAAAGACAUUUUAGCUCACAGGAAGGCUCUGACCACCCAGGCAAGUGACACAGAUCCGGUCACAGCAGCACCUCCAGUUCGGACUCCACUUGGAGAUGCUUCAACCGCUGCAAGUCGUGGGGUAAAUGUGGGCCAGAAGAGUGUGGGCCAAAAAGAGAAUGAUGAGAUGGGAAAAAUGUCUGUUUUGGGGUUGUGUCCAAGUGCAGAGGCUGGUUCCCCAUUCCCGGAGGUGGCUCUGGCUCAUGUGGUAUCGGAGGGGGCUUCCUCUGCUGCUAACAGUGGGGGAAGCAUAGGGAAGAAAAACCGCCGAAAGAGGAGGAAUAGAAAGGAAAGCAAAGGUCUGUGCCUUCCUUGGCCUCUGACGCUACACACUUCGGCAUCGUCUGCAUCCCCAGUUCUGGAUCAGACUUCUGCUACGGGGGCUUUGCCGGUUGCUGACAAUGUGAGGCAGGAAAGCAGGGAGCCAAGGAGGACUGGUAAAAAGGGGAACUCAUCAGUUCUCUCGAAGUCUCGGAAGGCAACCGCUGGCACCUUGCGGCCAGCAGCAAGCCCGGUUCAGCCCCCUCAUGAGGGGGCCUCUCUGGCAGCCAAUGGGGAGAUAAAAAGAGGGCAGAAAAACAGCCAUAGAAGGAGAACCAAAAAGAGCAGGAAGGCUGUGGCUAGUCCUUGGCCUCUGACAAUACAGGCCUGGGCAUCUUUCAAAGCCUCAACUCCGGUACAGACCGUUUUUGCAGGCCCAGAUUCGAAUAAUGGGGUCAACGCGGGGCAUCAAAGCAGGGGUCAAAGUGGUGAUGCAGAUAAAAUGUCACUUUUUACUUUGGGUCAGAGUGCAAAAGCUGGUGCCCCAUGCUCAGCUGAAGCUCCGGAGGAGGCUUCAUUGGAUGGGACACCCCCUGCCACUAACAGUGGGGAGAAAGUAGGGAAGAAGAAAAGGCGUAGAAGGAGGAAUAGAAAGGACAAAAAUGCCCUGGCUCGUCCCUGGCCUAUGACAGUACAAGCUUGGGUGUCAUUCACAGCAGCAGAUUCAGUCCAGACUGUUUUUCAGGAAGAGCCUCUUGCUGCAAGUACAGGGGUGAAUGUGGGGCAGAAAAGCUGGUCUCAGCUGGCGGAUAGUGAGGAAGAAACGAAGUCUGUUCUUCCUUGGUCUGUGUGGGAAGAGGCUGAUGCCCCCUUCUCAGCAGCAGCAUCUUUGCAGACUUCAUUAGAGGAGGCUCCCUUUCUGGACGACAUAUACAUUAAUCUGAACAAACCCAUAGGAAGGCCUGUGAGGGUAGAUGAGGAACAACAACUGCAGGAAAGUGCAGAGCAGGACCUAGAAUACUUUCAGAGUUGGAGAAAUGCAGAGAGAUACCAGGAGGAUCAGGACUUCUGGGAAUGCACUGUGAUGAAUUUAGCUAGGCAAGUUGACUGUCAUUAUUGUGGGGAACUCUGUUCACAAGAGAGGAUGGAGGCUUUGACCUUGACCAAAGCCUGUGCCCACAUAAGUACUUCUGUGAUGGGAAUGCAGGGAACAGAGAAGGAAAGAGUGGAAUCUCAGACUCUCUGGAUGGAGAAAUGGGGAGGUUUUUAAGGUACAUAAGAGAAGAGGAGGAGAACUAAGAAGCACUCUGAGUCAUGGAAGUGCGAUUGUCUACAUUUGGUUGGGAGAGAGAAGUGUUUGAAAUGCUACUGUGAGGAAAGGGAGGCUCACUAGCAAAUAGUAGAUUUCUCCUUAUU